AUGCUCUACGACAUGUACCAACUCGAGGCCAGCGACGUCGUUGUGUCGUGCACGGAUGGCAUCACCAACAACUUGUACGCGAACGAGAUCGUCGAGACGAUCCAAGUCGUGUCCAAGUACAAACCCAACUACCAACCCACGCUGUUUCCAAUGGAAUGGCUCUUUCUCAAGGAUGACGUUCAACUCUUUCGCCAAGGCAACGACUUCGUCGGUGAUGUGUGCACUAAAGUCAUCCCAUGA